AACUUGGGCAGACAGAAGAAAGGAGACUGGGUUGGGUGUAGUAGAAGUGGAGGGACUGAACCCAGUCGCUCAGACACAUCACAGUCCAAUGGACCCUCUGCUUCUGCUCUCACCGCGCUUCAAAUAAAUUCUUCUUUCUUAUCUCACUACCCUAAACUCCUCACACUGUCACUCUUUCACUCUUCUCUUCUCAUUUUCCGAUUCAUUCACUUCUCAAGCUUCUUGUCAUCAUCGACGACGACACGAGGCGUGUUUCUGCGAUGGAAGGGUUUACUCCAACUUCAGAUUUGAAAGAGCUUCACUCCACCAUGCGAGCCAUCGAGCAGGCUUGCACUUCCAUUCAGAUGCAUAUCAAUCCAGGAGCUUCAGAGGCAGUUAUUUUGUCAUUAGGCCAGUCUUCUCAGCCAUAUAAGACUUGCCAAUUCAUUCUUGAAAAUUCACAGGUGGCAACUGCCAGGUUUCAAGCGGCUGCAGCAAUCCGAGAAGCUGCUAUUAGAGAAUGGGUUGUUCUCAGUAUUGAUGUCAAGAGAAACUUGAUCUGUUUUUGUCUAUUGUAUAUCAUGCAACAUGCUAGUUCUCCUGAUGGUUAUGUUCAAGCAAAGGUCGCAUCUGUGGCUAGUCAGUUGAUGAAAAGGGGUUGGCUUGAGUUUAUGGUUGGAGAGAAGGUGGUUUUCUUUUAUCAGGUGAACAAGGCCAUUGUGGGUGCUGAUGGCAUAGACAUGCAGUUUGCUGGAAUAAAAUUCCUUGAAUCAUUGCUAUCAGAAUUUUCUCCAUCUACUUCAAGUGCAAUGGGCCUUCCAAGGGAAUUUCAUGAGCAGUGUAGGAGGUCAUUUGAACGGGAGUACCUGAAGACAUUCUACCAAUGGACCCAAGAAGCUGCCUUAAGUGUCACAAACCAGAUUAUUGAAUCUGACUCUGCUGUACCUGAGGUUAAAGUUUGCACUGCUGCACUGGAUCUCAUGCUUCAAAUCCUGAAUUGGGAUUUUCGUAGCAAUAACAGUGACACAAAACUAAAUGUAAAUGUCUUCUCUUCUGGAGUUAGACAGGAUGGGGAUUCUCUCAAAAAGUCUGAAUGUCACGUAGUGCAGCCUGGUUCUGAAUGGCGUGAUGUGUUAGUUUUAAGUGGUCAUGUUGGAUGGCUUUUGAGUUUAUAUGCAGCAUUGAGGCUGAAAUUUUCACGCGAAGGAUACUGGAUUGACUGCCCUGUUGCAGUCUCUGCUCGAAAGCUAGUUGUACAAUUUUGUUCUUUAACAGGGCCUGUAUUUCUUUCUGAUGAUAGAAAAAUGCAUGAGCAACAUCUUCUGCAGCUCCUAUCUGGGAUAAUAGAGUGGGUAGAUCCUCCUGAUGCUGUUUUAAAAGCUAUUGAAAAUGGGAAAAGUGACAGUGAGAUGCUUGAUGGCUGUCGAGCAUUAUUGGCCAUUGCAAAUGUAACAACUCCCCAUGAUUUUGACGGUUUGCUAAAAUCUAUGAGGCCUAUGGGUACUCUUACCUUUUUGUCAAUGUUGAUGUCUGAAGUUAUUAAAGUCCUCAUGACUAGUAACACAGAAGAGGAGACUUGGAGCUGGGAAGCACGUGACGUUUUAUUGGAUACUUGGACUGCCAUUCUAACGCCAAUAAAUACAAUGAAUGUGAAUGCUUUGCUUCCGCCUGAUGGGAUAACAGCUGCUGCUAAUCUCUUCAGUUUCAUUGUAGAGUGCGAGCUACGAUUGGCUUCUGCAACAGCAUUUAAUGAUGAGGGCGAUUCAGACUAUCUUCAUGCUUCUGUAUCAGCCAUGGAUGAAAGGUUAAGCUGCUAUGCGCUUAUUGCAAGAGCUUCUAUUGAUGUUACAAUUCCUUUGCUCCUAAGAGUAUUUUCCGAGCGGGUUGCACGCCUUAAUCAGGGCAGAGGCAUCAUCGACUUGACUGAAACAUUGGAAGAACUUUAUUCAUUGUUGCUUAUUAUCGGUCAUGUAAUUGCAGAUGAAGGGGAGGGGGAACUACCAUUGGUUCCUAAUACGAUACAAACCCAGUUUGUUGUUGAUUUCGUUGAAGCAGAUAGGCACCCUGUUAUUUUACUUUCCAGCUCAAUCAUAAAAUUUGCCGAGCAGUGCCUCAGUCCGGAAAUGAGAGCAUCAGUUUUUAGUCCGCGACUCAUGGAGUCAAUUAUAUGGUUCCUUGCAAGGUGGUCUCGUACAUAUUUGAUGUCUUCUGAUGGGAUUGCGGAGAAAAUAUUAGAUUCAGGUCAUCAUCACGAGCAUAGUUCAAAAAAGACUUUGCUUUGCUUCUUUGGAGAACAUAACCAAGGGAAACUUGUUCUUGAUAUUAUUGUUCGUAUAGCUUUCAUCACACUUACAUCUUAUCCAGGAGAGAAGGAUUUGCAGGGACUCACUUGUUACCAGUUACUUCAUUCUCUGGUUCAGCAAAAGCAUAUAUGCAUCCACCUUGUUACUCUGAAUUCAUGGCAUGAACUAGCAACCUCAUUUUCCACUGAAAAGACUUUGAUGUUGUUGGACACUGCUCAUCAGCGAUCUCUUGCACAAACACUAGUUCGUUCAGCUUCAGGCAUAAGAAAUUCAGAGGCAUCUAGUCAGUAUGUAAGAAAUCUCAUGGGUCCUAUUGCAACAUACAUAGUGGAGAUAUCUAGGAAGCAUAAUUUUAGAAGCAUUGCCCAACAACCAGAUAUUCUCCUUUCGGUCAGCUGCAUGUUGGAACGGCUACGUGGAGCUGCAAGUGCGUCUGAACCUCGGACACAGAAGGCUAUCUAUGAACUCGGAUUCUCUGUAAUGAAUCCCAUUCUAAUUCUUCUUGAAGUUUAUAAACAUGAGUCUGCAGUUGUCUACCUGCUACUUAAAUUUGUAGUUGACUGGGUUGAUGGACAAAUUACAUACUUGGAGGCCCAAGAAACUGCUGCUGUCGUUGAUUUCUGCAUGCGUUUGCUUCAGCUGUAUUCAUCUCACAAUAUUGGCAAGAUAUCACUAAGUCUGUCAAUCAGCUUAAUUAGUGAGUCUAAAACAGACAAGUAUAGAGAUUUGCGUGCACUUCUUCAACUUCUCUCAAGUCUUUGCUCUAAAGACAUGAUUGAUUUCUCGUCAGAUUCGAUUGAGGCCCAAGGCACUAACAUAUCUCAGGUGGUUUACUAUGGACUUCACAUGGUGGCCCCAUUGAUUUCUAUGGAACUCUUAAAAUAUCCCAAACUUUGUCAUGAUUAUUUUUCUCUCCUUUCACAUAUGUUGGAGGUUUAUCCAGAAACAUUUGCGCUACUAAAUAGUGAAGCCUUUGCUCAUGUACUUGGAACCCUUGAUUUUGGUCUUCACCAUCAGGACGCAGAUGUGGUUAGUAUGAGUCUGAGAGCUCUGCAAGCUCUUGCUUCUUACCACUACAAAGAGACUGGUAAUGGUAAUAUAGGCUUGGGUGCUCACACCACGGGUCUUAAGGAUUCAAGUGGGAAUGUUCAGGAAGGUCUUUUGAGCCGUUUUCUUCGUUCAUUGCUGCAGCUUCUCCUUUUUGAGGAUUAUAGUUCGGAUCUGAUCAGUGUUGCAGCAGAUGCUCUCCUUCCAUUGAUCCUGUGUGAGCAAGGCCUGUAUCAGAGAUUGGGGAAUGAAUUGAUAGAGAGACAACCAAAUCCAACACUCAAAACUAGGCUGGCAAAUGCAUUUCACACACUAACAAGUGCAAAUCAGCUUUCUUCCUCCCUGGAUCGAAUAAAUUACCAGAGGUUUAGAAAAAAUCUUACUAGUUUCCUAGUUGAAGUUCGUGGAUUUCUAAGGACAAUGUGAUCAACUGUGUAUGGCUUGUAUUGUAUAAAGCUUCCACAGUGGAGUUGGGAUCACUACUGAUUAAGCCAGCAGCUGAAGAUAAACGUAGAGAGCUAAUCUCUUGGCAUACAAAUUAUUUGGAGUUACUCCGUGUCCUAUCUUCACUUGGCUUUCCUCAGUUAUAUCAUAUAUCACUUGGGUUGUUUGAAAAAGUAAAAGCUUCUUUUUUGUUUGUCAGAGGCUAUUACAAAAGUAGAAAAGCUGCCUGAAGGUCUUAGUUGCAAUUCAAUGACAAUAGUUGUCGAGGCACAUUCUUUUGUGGAAAAAUGCAUCCUUGUGUAGAUAUACAUUACUAUCACUUAGUUUUGCAGGAGCCUCGCAUUCAAUGCAACUUUUCAUGUUUGUGCUCUAACGUAAAGGCUCACAAUCCGUUCAGAUCCGUUAGAGAUACUAAACCAUUCCUAUGCUUGUGCAAACUUAAACUUUCACGGAAGCUCAUUCUUGAGAAGAUCAAAAUGCUAGAGUGAUUUUCUUCACACAAGUUUUGCAAUUAUGUUUGUAGAAGUAUACAUAUGGCUCCAUCUGUUUUGGUGUGUCUGCAUCUUAUGUUAAGAUCUUGCACAUCAACAUGUACAGUUACGUAUGACUGUAAAUGCAAUUGUCAGAGUGACAAUCAUGAAAGCUCAAUCUUCAUUUAGCUCCAUUCUUUUA